CCUUCACUUUCUGCUCGCUGCCCGAGUGGACUGCGUUCCCGCCUGCUUGGCAGGGGGAGGACGCGCGGUGGCGGCGGCGUCACAUCCCGGCGUAUGAGUGAGUUCCGGUAUUUCAGGGCGGAGCAGGCGGAAGUAGGGUGAAAAGCGGCUACAACGCCGAGCGGAGGAGGUAGGAACCUGAUUUCCAGAAGCAGCUUGUAAGGCACCAUGGCCGGGAACACCACCAUCGAGGCGGUAAAGCGCAAGAUCCAGGUUCUGCAGCAGCAGGCUGAUGAUGCGGAGGAGAGGGCCGAGCGCCUCCAGCGGGAAGUGGAGGGAGAAAGGCGGGCCCGGGAGCAGGCUGAAGCUGAGGUGGCCUCCUUGAACCGCAGGAUCCAGCUGGUUGAAGAGGAGCUGGACCGCGCGCAGGAGCGCCUGGCCACUGCUUUGCAGAAGCUGGAGGAAGCGGAGAAGGCUGCUGAUGAGAGUGAGAGAGGUAUGAAGGUGAUUGAAAAUCGGGCUCUAAAAGAUGAAGAAAAGAUGGAACUCCAGGAAAUCCAGCUAAAGGAAGCAAAGCACAUUGCAGAAGAGGCGGAUAGGAAGUAUGAGGAGGUGGCUCGUAAGUUGGUGAUUAUUGAAGGAGACUUGGAACGCACGGAGGAACGUGCCGAGCUGGCAGAGUCCCGUUGCCGAGAGAUGGAUGAACAGAUCAGACUGAUGGACCAGAACCUGAAGUGUCUGAGUGCUGCUGAAGAAAAGUACUCUCAAAAAGAAGACAAGUAUGAAGAAGAAAUAAAGAUUCUUACUGAUAAACUCAAGGAGGCAGAGACCCGUGCUGAGUUUGCUGAAAGAUCGGUAGCCAAGCUGGAGAAGACCAUUGAUGACCUGGAAGACGAGCUCUAUGCCCAGAAACUGAAGUACAAGGCCAUUAGCGACGAGCUGGACCACGCCCUCAAUGACAUGACCUCUAUAUAAACUGUCACCGUUUCUGCCCUGUUCUGGAUCUGCCCCCUUUCCUUGGGGAACCCAACACCCCACUCGCUCUGGAUUCCAUUUGGGUCAGCCUGGCUGGUUCCCACAGCCUUAGGGCUGGAGGGCUUUGGGGGGGGCACACAAAGCAAUUUACAUAUUUGCUUUCCAACCCCAUAUUAAAAUGUUAAGCUGCCAGAAGCCUCACGCCCUCUUGCAUUUGUGUUAUUGACAAAGCUGUUGCUGUACAUAAGAAGGAGUCCUGCCAGUGUGAUGUGGAGACAGCUGUAUUAGGCUUCCCCUCUUCCGACUUCUGUAUGAUCAAAGCUACUUUGUGUGUGUGUUUUUCUUGACCCUUAAACUUGCUGAUUGGAGUCUUGUCGGAGUGACCACUAAAGGCUUCUCACGUGGGAAGUCUGGUGGUAUUCCUCAAACCUUACUGAGGAGUUCUUACAUAGCCCACCUGGACAUUUUCAUUCUUUUAGCCCCUCUCCCGUACAGUAAGGUCAGUGACCAUUGAAUUAGCUCCUAUCACUCUGCCCUUUUGCCCAAGACUCAGAAACUACAUCCUCAGACCCAUCCUUACAGUUAAACAAUUCUAUCAUCCCCACUCACAGAACAAGGUGUAACAUGGUGGGUUGGAUUCUUGAUAGAUGAGUGUUUCAUCUUUAAGCCUUUCUCAUUUCUCGCUCACUCGAGGCUGCUGCCAUUUUCCUCUGUUCUCUAGAGAGAUAGGAUGCACACGGCAAAUGAUGGGCAAAGGGAAAACAGCUAGUCAUGCAUAUUUCAAACAGCAUUCAUGUGAGGGUAAUGACUUACUGCUGAACUUCGAUAGUGAAAUCCUUCUUGGUGCAUAUUGUAGAAUUGAAUAUCAACACUUCACAGCUGUUCCAGUUUAUACAGCAGAUACAUUUGGUAUCACAGCUAAAUGCUGCAUAGUAUUUCAGUUUCUUAGCAGAGUACGUAUUUGAAACUUGCCUUUUCAGUAUCCAGGGCUAUGAAUGUGGCACAGGGAGAGUGUCACCCAAUGUACACAAGGCUCUUGAGUUUGAACCCCAGUACUACAAAGAGAGAAAGGGAAGCUAUAGCUAGGUAGAGAAGUUCUCUCCCAAGCCAGGUUCCUUUGUCUACACUAUCCCUGCCACAUAGCCUUUGAGAUGAAGUCGAGGUUGAUUUAUGUGGCAGGCAGGGGCCUGGUGUUUUCUAGCUCUCCUGUCCUGAUAGAUGUAAACACAGCUGAGGAGGCCCCUGCAUGUAGGUUGCUCUGAGUCUAAAGCACAAGCCUAAAGUUAAAGCUAUUGUUGAGCUGCACAUAAUAAAGGUCAGGGUGCACAUAGUAAAGGGAGGGGCACUGCUGUCACGGUGACCCCCAUAUUGGAAUUUUGAGCUCUUUGUCUUUUUGAGCAAGUUUUACACUAGCCCUGGAUGUCCUAGAACUCAGUCUAUGCCCAAGCUGUCCUUGAACUCAUGGCAGUCCUGCCUCUGCCUCCCAAGCACCACCAACUGUAUUGUAUGAGGUAUGUUCAUUGUGUUUGGUUUGGUAGUGCAGAAUUCUGAACCCAGGGCCUUGAGCUCCAUCACCAGCCCCAAGAUUGGCUUUUCAUGAGCAGAAUGCAGUUUAGAGAUAGUCAAGACUCAGUAUUCCAGUCACAGAAACACAAAGUGAAAAAGCUUAGCUAGGGAGGAACACAGUAGCUCUGCAGGUUUGGGGGCAGGAUGGUUGCCGAAGCUUUGUCCUUGUCAGAUAGCUGAGGGAGACGCCACUGUAGUUUAUGAACUAGUGUGUGCUCUGAAAGGAAUGAAAGUUGUUGUAUCUGGGCAUGGUGGCUAAGCCUGUACCCAGGGUUCUGGAGACUAAGGAAGGAAGAUCAAAAGUUCAAGGCCACACACACUAAACUACAUAACAAGACCCUGGGUCAAAAAUAAUAAACAAGGCUGGGUGUGGUAGUAUAUGCCUUUAAUCUCAACAGAUGGAUCUCUUGACUUCGAGGUCAGCACUGUCUAUAUAACAAGUUCUGGGCCAGCCAGUAUAGUGAGAUUCUUCUAAGACAACUUUUGCUGGGUGGUACACGCCUUUAUUCCCAGCACUUAGAAGG